AUUGGGAAAAAAAAAAAAAAGCCACCCGUCUCCACAUUCCCGCCGGGGCAGGCACACGCUCGUUCAACUCGCGCCCCGCCUCUCCCUCAAUUCGAUACCCGCCACCCCUCCCCCGGCGACAGCCGCCUCGCCCUACCCCUAUCUCCACCACCUCUCCUUUACUCGACUCAACGCGUCCUACCUGAAUAAUCUCAACCGUUGCGCCGAAUUUCAUGGAUGUUGGUGGGCGCACGGUCGCUUUCGGAGACGGUGAAAAUGUUUUAUCUUAGCAAAAUUGAGCACACAUUGCGUUUGCCUCCUCAUCUCCUUAGCCGUCCUCUUGAUGAAGCUAUUAAAUUAGAGUUAGAAAAUAUUUUCUUAGAUAAGGUUGUUGCAAACUUGGGACUCUGCAUUUCUGUGUAUGAUAUCUUCAAAAUUGAAGGUGGAUUUAUUUUUCCAGGAGAAGGUGCUUCCACAUAUACGGUCGAGUUUAGAUUGGUUGUGUUUCGCCCCUUUGUGGGAGAGAUCAUUGCUGCUAAACUUAAAGAAUCUGAUGCCAAUGGUUUGCGCUUAUCUCUUGGAUUUUUUGAUGAUAUUUACAUUCCUUCUCAUCUUUUGCCAAGUCCAUCUCGAUCCGAGCCUGACCCUGAUAAAAGGUACGAUGUCCGAUGGAUAUGGGAAUUUGGAGAUACAAAAUACCUGAUCGAUGGGAUAGACGAGAUUAAGUUUCGAGUUCUCAGUGUUAAGUAUCCGCCAAUUCCUAUUGAGCAACCUGAAGGAUCAAAGCCAUUUGCCCCUAUGGUAGUGACUGGAUCGAUUGAUUAUGAUGGUUUGGGCCCCGUUUCAUGGUGGUAGGAUGCUUGUGACAUAAUUUUAUGAAGCGGAACCGAAGCAGCGGUAGUAUUUCUGUUACGCUUGGUACAUUAUUUCUGCUUGAAAAUGUGGAAAUUAGACCACUCUCGACUUGGUUUCAGACUCAGUUCAAUAUUCUAAAUCACUUGAAUAGGAAAUUUUGAUGAUAGCUAGUUUUAAUUUGUUAUUAUAUGUAGUCGCAAAAUUUCUACUCCCAGGUUGUCAACAAGGAAUUAAUGAGCCGCCAAUUACAGUUUCAUAUUAUCGUCUAAGAAGGCUGAAGUUUGAGUGGAGCUCGGAACUUGUGAUUCAUAAUGUCUCCCAUUGUUGGCUACUUGGCUUGAUUUUAAAAGUCUCUGACUCGCCACAAAUAGCUAAUUUAAAGGUAUCUUUACAUUUUUAUA